AUGAAUUUCUGGAGCUUUGCGUCAAUAUUCUUCAUACAGAUAGCUUUGGCGAAUGCUUUUGGCUUCCGUCAAAGAGAUUCCGAUGAAGACUAUAACUACUGCAAAAACAACACCUACCUUGACACUAGGUUUGAUGGUGCUUUUCGAUGCCGACCUUGCUCCAUUUGUCCAUCGGGACAAUACGAACAGUCGCCGUGCCGAAAGGACAAAAAUACGAGCUGUGGGUACUGCCAUGACUUUGGGAUAAUUCAAAACGAUGACUGGCGCAAAAAGUGCCUGGAAACAACAACUCCUCCACCGACCCCCAAUUACAAACGAUACUGCGGCUAUGGCAUGUGGUACAAACAGACUUGGGAUGCGUGUCUUCAAUGUUCAAAAUGCAAUUGGGAUGAGUAUGAAUCUCUACCUUGCUCCAACAACCGUGACACAACUUGCGAGAAGUGCUUCGGCAAUGUCUAUUGGAAAAAUUCGGAUUGGCAGAGAAAAUGCCGUGGAGUCGUGGCAACGUCACCCAGUUACAACUGGCAUCAACUCUACGAGGACUCCUAUUCGGUGUACGAAAAUCGCACCUACAACUGCUCGACUCCAUUUGAGAACUUUGAGUUGACCGGAUUGAUCAGUUGUUACUUUUCAACACUCGUUCAAUGGACUUUCAUCGUCUCGUUGAUCAUUUUAUCGUGCUGUUGCCUCACCGCCUACAAGAUUUGCACGAGCUGUUUCCGUCGUGAGCGAUCCCUUCAACAGCAAAUCGACAAAGUUCGCCUCUUGUCACCGGAUGAACUUCAAGUCCUCCAACAAGCCACCCAGAUGAUCAAAGAGCAGAAAGAAAAAAAAGCAAAGGAGAACAACUUUGAGAAUCCGAACUUCCAAGAAACUGUC